GCUCAUUCACACAGAUCUGGCAGGCUUACGUUCGCCCAAGAAGGUCUCCAAUUGGCUCGACACCCUGGGAGCCUGAAGGCAGGAAAAUAAAUGAUCACGGCCAAGCCAGCGGUGAUUGGCGAAGCUCUUCGCACAUCACAGGUCUCAGGAAUCGCCCUGCAGCUGUUGCUGGGACGUCAGGACCCGUGACGUUGCACCCCACUCCUAUUACUGCUCUUCCAGCUGCUGGGUUGACCUCCCCCUCUUUUUAUCGGCCGUGUGUGUCUCCUUCAUCUUUCCUUGGGAAGCGUGACAGCCACCUUUUCAUCUAUGCACGACGCCGCGGCCACGUACCUUCCUCUCUGUCAUGCCUUUCAAGUCCUGCGUAUCAACAUUUAAAGAGGAUUUGGAUUUGCGCAGGUAGAGUCCUUCGAAUACCGCGCUUUAACUCUUUAAUGCUCAGGCCAUUGCAUGAUUGCGUACUGAAGACUGACAUUGCAGGAAAAAAAGAACGAAGGAAGAAGACGCCUUGAAAAGGAAACAGUGCCUUUGUUCAUUAGUUCUGCCUGUAUCGUUUAAAGCCCCCCCACACAUCCCCACCACCCUAACGACUAAGCUGGACCAUGGCAGACGAGGAAAACGUUCUUAGCGGCAGCUCAAACGAGGCUCCUCCGGAGCCCUGCCGGGGCAGUUGCGAGAGCAGCCGCUGCAAUGUGCUCACCUGGGAGCAAGUGCAGCGCCUGGACUGUAUCCUGAGUGAAACCAUCCCGAUUCACGGCCGGGGCAACUUCCCCACGCUGGAAAUGCAGCCGCGGCAGAUUGUGAAGGUGGUGAGAAGCCGCCUGGAGGAGCGAGGAAUCGGCGUGCGCGAUGUGCGGCUCAACGGCUCGGCGGCCAGCCACGUCUUGCACCAGGAUAGCGGCCUGGGUUACAAGGACUUGGACCUCAUCUUCUGCGCCGAUCUGAAAGGCGAGGCGGAGUUCCAGACAGUCAAAGACGUGGUCCUGGACUGCCUUUUGGAUUUCUUGCCGGAUGGGGUUAACAAGGAGAAGAUCACCCCACUCACCCUGAAGGAGGCCUACGUACAGAAAAUGGUGAAAGUCUGCAACGAUUCAGACCGAUGGAGUCUCAUCUCAUUAUCCAACAACAGUGGCAAAAAUGUGGAGCUGAAAUUUGUGGACUCUCUGAGAAGGCAGUUUGAGUUCAGCGUAGAUUCUUUUCAGAUCAAGCUGGACUCUCUCCUUCUUUUCUAUGAAUGUUCUGAAAACCCAAUGGCCGAAACUUUUCACCCGACUAUCAUUGGGGAGAGCGUCUAUGGGGAUUUCCAAGAAGCCUUUGAUCACCUUUGUAACAAGAUAAUUGCAACUAGAAAUCCAGAAGAGAUCAGGGGAGGUGGUCUCCUUAAAUACUGCAACCUCCUGGUCAGAGGCUUCAGGGCUGCCUCUGAAUCGGAGAUUAAGUCCCUCCAGAGAUAUAUGUGCUCAAGGUUUUUUAUUGAUUUCUCAGACAUUGGAGAACAGCAGCGCAAGCUGGAGUCCUACUUGCAGAACCACUUUGUGGGACUCGAGGACCGCAAGUACGACUAUCUCAUGACCCUUCACGGUGUGGUGAAUGAGAGCACAGUGUGCCUGAUGGGACAUGAGAGACGACAGACUUUAAAUCUUAUCACCAUGCUGGCCCUCCGGGUGCUGGCUGAGCAAAAUAUCAUUCCCAACGUAGCCAAUGUCACUUGCUACUACCAGCCGGCCCCAUACGUAGCUGAUGCUAACUUCAGCAAUUACUAUAUUGCUCAGGUUCAGCCCAUGUUCCCAUGUCAGCAGCACACUUACUCUACUUGGUUGCCCUGUAACUAACAGUUUUCAUAGACUUGGGGAGCAUCAUUUUCCAGCAAGCAAUUAAGGGGGAGGGUGGCUUUCCACUUUUAAAAAUGGGGUGUUUUUAGUGCAACGUGAUUUGCGCUACCUUUUUUGUUUGAGGAAAGUUGCGGGUUCUUCUAUCUAGUGUAACUGAGCAAGACUUAGAAAAGAACCAAAUGCUAUUGGAUUCCACCCCAAAGUAUGCAGCCUGUCUUGAAGAGCAACUAGAUCCCCUUGAAGUAAACCCAGGGGAAAUGGUUGAUGACAAUAUGGGUUGGCAAUGCUUGCUCCCAUAGCUAUGGCAGAGGGAAAGCUGGGAGGCCUGCUUUAUUUUAUUUUUUAAAUGGAACCUGAAAACUGAAAUUAAAAAAGGAGAGGAACCUAAGAAGAGGAAUCAAAACAAAAAGCUAAACGUGCUUUCAGGAAUUAAAAGAUGCAAAAUAGAGAUACGUUGGAAUAAGAUGUAUUUUGGAAUUCUCGCUCUGGAGCACGCAUGAAGUGCUGCCAGUGGAGGGUUCCAUGGAAUGUAUAGCUUGCCUUAAGAGAAACUGCUUGCUCAAGAGAAGAGAAGAGGUGGGUACUAAAAGAAGGGCGGGGAUGGGAAGGAUUGUGGCAAUUUUCAUUAUUUCCAGCUGUGUGCAUGCUUCGCAUUUUUUAAAAAAAAAUGUGGAAAAGCAAGAAAACCAGCUGUAUGCUUUAGGACCAAAGAUAAAUUAUCCUAGUAAAGAGGAGGACAUGGUAGAUUAUUAUUAUUAUUAUACACAAAUAUUAAACAAAAGUGCCUGAUGCCUUCAGAAAAUUUGAAGUUGAAAAAAUAUAGUUUUGUGGCUUAAUCUUGCAUUUUGUUUUUUAUCAGGGACACAAGAAACUAAAAAAAUAAGCUUGUGAAUACAUGGUGGAGGAUAUUCCUGUUUUUUUCCUUGCAAAGACCUAUAUAAAGGUUGUAUUGUUGGUGUCCUGCAGUCUUUGGUAUGCAAGUGUAUGUGUGUGUUGAUUGUUUUGUGUGUGUGUAUAACAUGUUAUAUGUAUAUAUUCACACGUUUUAAACAUGGUAGGGAAAUGUAGCAACGUUAAGGAAUGUUUUAAAUGAACUAUAGUGUGUGUUCCAGUCUGCGACAGGAUAUGAUUUUGAGGGCACCUUGCAGAGAUUCCCACACCAGAAAAAUCUGGGUGAACAAAUGAGUCCUAAAUGAAAUAGGAAUCCAGUGAUAAAAAUAAUUAAUUGGGCUACUUGUGAGCCAUAGGGUUUCAUAACUGGACAGAACUUCACUUUUCUCUUAAUUGUACUUUAAUAUGGUUUUAAUAUUCAGUUCACAAAUUCCUUGACUGCAUGCCUCUGUGAUGUGGUAAGAUACCAAAUGCAAUGUGGCUCAAACAGAUGGCUGCCCUCAUUGCUAAAUAUUGUUUUACUUGGUGAUUUAAAUACGUAUGAUUAAUAUUUCUUUUGAAAGGCAAGCAGAAUGCACUGUGCAUUCCAGGACCACUAUAAAUUAGUAAAUGUGAAAUGAACCAUACAUGUUGUGUGUGUGUGAUUUGAUUGCCACACACUAUUUUGCAGCUUAAUAUUGUAUCUUAUUUAAAAGGAAUAGUUUUUGCUUUCCAAAGAGGCAAGUGAAGUACUGGGAAUCAACUUACUGCACCUUUUUCCAUCCUCCUUGCAUUGAUUAUCAUGCAGAAGAGUUCUGACUCUUCCUGUUCUUUUUCCUCCAGCCACUGGUCUUUAAAAGGAAAUGAAAUCUAACUGCAAAGUUCAAAUGCAGAGUUAAGAGGUCUUUUAAGUUAGUUAAUUUAUGAACCUAUCUGUGGAUGUUUUUUUAGAUUUUUUAUCCCGCCUUUAUUAUUUUUAUAAAUAACUCAGGGCGGCAUUAUUUACUUAAUAUACCUAAUACCCCUUCCUCCUCCUAUUUUCCCCACAACAGCAACAGCCCUGUGAGGUGAGUUGGGCCAAGAGAGGGGGACUGGCCCAAGGCCAUCCAGCCUGCUCUCAUGCCUGAGGCGGGACUAGAACUCCCAGUCGCCUGGUUUCUGGCCUGCUUUAAAAAUUGUGUUGGAGUCUGGCCUGCCUGCCUUGCCCCCUUUUAAUGAUCUGAGAUUUCCAGUUUUGAAGAGGAGAUGGAGGAAGGCCUUUAACACUUGUACAAUCAGAGGUUAUCUAGGUGUAUCCCUGUCAGUGGUAAAGCAAGAUAAAAUAUUUAUAAUGGAAGGAUUAGUAAAUUGCUAACCAGAUAAUCUGUCCUUGGUCCCAGUAAAGUUACUGGCAAUAUAUUUUCCUUUACUAAUUUUUAAGUUAAGGCUUUUCCUACGUCUACAAUGAUUUUGCAUUAGUUGAAUAGGAUCCCCGUGUGUACUUGUGCGUCCUCUCUGUGAAUCCUGUGGGGAAUAAUCUUUUGUUCUGUCUCGAAAGCACUCUUUGCUCACCUUUGCUUUGUUUUCCUUUUGAUGCCUGAUAGGUAUGGCCUUUUUUUUUUAAAGCUUAUUUUGUUCAGUUUUCAGUUAUAAACAAAUGCCUGUAUUUGUCAACUCAGUCCUAUCUGUGGUGAAUGAAAAGAGAGAUGCAUUUGUUUAAAAUCAGAAUUUCACUUACUGUCUGUCUCAUUCCCAUGACCAUCCAGAACAGAAUAAUGAAUGGGUCCAGUCCAGCCUG